AUGCCUGAAGAGCUCCAGACCUGGGUUCAGGAACAUUAUCCAGGGAGUGGAGAAGAAGUAGUGACUCUGUUGGAGGAUUUAGAGAAAGAGCUUGAUGAAUCUGGAGAGCAGGUCUCAACUCAUGCACAUGGUCAGGAGAUGGUCUGGGUAGAAAUGUCAAGCAUGGAAAUAUCACAGGAAUUACCACUGAUCCCAUUCCAGCAAGUGAAAAUUCAGCUUAAGUGUGAAUCUCAGGAGUCCCAUCAUAUUCAAGAGGAUAUUUCAGAUGAUGAGACCAGAAGUGAGCAUGGGAAGUUGACUUCAAAGCUGGAGAACCUUGAAAAAAUGGAACUAAACAGGGACAUAUCUGGCAAACUUAAUAAAGGAAUACUUUCAGGUCCUGAGUGUGAAGAAACUGAUGAGCAACAGGGGGACAAAGUGGAAGACCCCUGUGAAUAUCCCACAGGGGAUAAACAGUCUAACUGUGAUGAAAAUGAAAUAAGCUUCACUCAGAGCCCAAGUGUUAUUGAAAAUAAGAGAAUGUAUUCUGAGGAAAAGCCUUAUGAGUGUGAUGAAUGUGGAAAAACCUUUAGUCAGAACUCUAGGCUUAUUGAACAUCAAAGAAUCCAUACUGGAGACAGACACUAUAAAUGUGAAGAAUGUGGAAAAGCUUUCUGAGGAAGAACUGUACUUAUUCGACAUAAAAUAAUCCAUACUGGGGAGAAACCCUAUAAAUGUAAUGAGUGUGGGAAAGCUUUUGGUCGGUGGUCAGCCCUUAAUCAACAUCAGAGACUUCAUAUAGGAGAGAAAUAUUAUCAUUGUAAUGAAUGUGGGAAAGCCUUCAGUCAGAAAGCAGGUCUUUUUCAUCACCUUAAAAUCCACACCAGAGUCAAACCACAUCAGUGUAAUCAGUGUAAUAAAAGUUUUAGUUGCCGCUCAAUCCUUAUUCAACAUCAAGGAGUUCAUACAGGGGAAAAACCCUAUGAGUGCAGUGAAUGUGGAAAAGUCUUUGUUUAUAAUUCAUCUAUUGUUUCACAUCAAGAAAUCCAUCACAAAGAGAAAUGCCAUCAAUGUAAUGAAUGUGGGAAAGCCUUCAGUCAAAGUGGCCUUAUUCAGCAUCAGAGGACACACUGGGGAAAAACCCUAUAAAUGUGAUGUGUGUGGGAAAGCAUUCAUUCAAAGAACGAGCCUUAUAGAACAUCAGCAAAUUCACACUGGAGAGAGAUCCUAUAAAUGUGAUCAGUGUGGGAAAGCUUUCACUCAAAGAUCAGUCCUUACUGAACAUCAAAGAAUUCAUACUGGAGAAAGACCUUAUAAAUGUGAUGAGUGUGGGAAUGCUUACCGUGGAAUUACUAGUCUUAUUCAACACCAGAGAAUACAUACUAGGGAGAAGCCCUACCAAUGUGAUGAGUGUGGGAAAGCCUUCCGACAGAGGUCAGACCUUAGUAAUGUGAGAAUUAAAAUGGUUGAGGUCUUAAACUGUAGUGAUUAAAAUAGUGGAAGAUAUAAAUUGUGAUAGAUAUAAGAGAGGGUGAGUAAAUUUGACCGCAGAAAAUAUGUUUCACUACAGUGUCUUGGUUUUUAAAUCAAAUAUAAGGUGGUUGCCAGGGAAAUAUUCCCAAUUAUUCAAAUACCCAAGUCAACUGGGUUUUAUAGAGAUUUUAAUUAAUACAAAUGUGGAAUUAAAGAAAAGAGAGAAAGAGAGAAAAAAGGAAAUAAGUAUGAAGGGCCUUAAGCCAACAUGGCCUAGACCUGAGUCUUAAGAGAGAGAGAUCAGUCAGUCAGUCUUUUAACACUCACCACAAGGUCUGCCUAAGCAAGGAUUCUAGUGACACCAGGCCAGCAUCAUCUCAGCUGCUUUCACCAGCUCCCUCCUCCAUUUGAAUGUUUCAGAAUCAGUCCUUCCUCAAUCUGAAUGUUUCAGAAUGAGUCCUCCUCAAUCUGAAUGUUUCAGAAUGAUCUUCCUCAAUCUGAAUGUUUCAGAAUGAUCUUCCUCAAUCUGAAUGUUUCAGAAUGAGUCUUUCAGCUCUUCUCUGAGCUCUAUAUUUUAAGGGCAAAAUCUCCUAUGUCACCUCCCCUAAGUUCUUCCAUCUACCAAUCACUGUAGAUGUUUUCCAAAAGACAGCCCAUUUUGAAUUCACAGCUGAGUAGAUUAAUCUCUUUAGUAAGUCAGAAAAAAAAUGCUGCUGUGUCAAGUAAUUUCAUUAAGAGAAAACCUCUGAGUAAGUUUUCACCUUUUAGGUCUAAGUAGUUUACAAGUUGCCCCACCUUUAUAGGCACUUAGCAUCCCAUUGUAUCAAUUCCAAAAAUAGGCAUGGCUCAAAGAACUCCUUUCCUUUAUAAGUAUGGUUUUCAAGUACUUUCAUUGUUUAGCAAGGAGUUUUCUGCCCUAAAGCAUUCUUAAGUAUGGGUGGAAUAGAGGUCCUCCCAUAGCAAGGAGUUUUCACAUUCAAGUAGAGUUCUCACUAUCUGGUAGGGAAUUAUUUCAAGUAGGGAACUGGAGGAUUCCUCAAUGUGGAGUAAAAUUUUUAACAUUCAUAAGUCUGUGAAAUUUUAAGGUUUACAGUAAACAUCAGAGAAUUCAUAUUAGAGGUGGCUCAUAUAAUGCAAUGAAUGUGGGAAGACUUUUAGUCAUUACUCAAUGUUUAUUCAACAUCAGUCUGACCAUAAUGGAGAAAAAUCUGUCUCUUUGUAAAGACUUUAAGAAAAUUUCGUGGCUCCCAAAACAAAUUGGAGGUAAACUUUCAGUUACUCUUCCUGCAGUGAUUAGUAUAAAUGCUAUGUGGAUCAAGAAGUAUGAGACAUGGUCCGUUGUGGAUCUUACAGUCUCUUUGAAGAGAUAAAGGAAACAAUAGUGCAAGACAAUUCAAAAGUUUCAUAGUUGUUUUAAUUGCAUGAGUCAGAGAAAUAAGUGCAAUGGAGAUUCAGAAGAUGGCAAGAACAAUGUGGUUGGAGUCAGGAGUGGCUUCAUAGAGGAUGUAGGACUUGAGCUGGAUUUUUUUUAAACUCUUACCUUCCAACUUAGAAUCAAUAAUGUAUAUCAGUUCCAACGCAGAAGAGCAGUAAGGGCUAGGCAAGUGGGUUAAGUGACUUGCCUGAGGUCACAAAGGUAGGAAGUGUCAGAGGCCAGGCUUGAACCCUUCCAUCUAUAGACCUGGCUCUGAAUCCACUGAGCCACCUCCCUGUACUCUUUUUUCCUCUUGAAGUCAUUAUCAUAUUUCUUAAUAAUCUAAAUGCUAUUGAUUUACCAACUUAAAAUUUUUAUAUUUUUUCCCAAUUACAUAUAAAAAUUUUUUCAACACUAAACAUUUUUUUUGAGUUCAAAAUUAUCUUCUUCACUCCCUUUCUACCUCCCGCCUUGAGAAGGCCAGCAAUUUGAAAUAAAUUACACAUGUGCAGUCAUACAAAACAUUUCUGUACUAGUCAUGUUAUGAAAGAUAACACACUGAAAAAAAAGAAAAAAAUUGAAAAAAAGUAUGCUUUGAUCUUUUGGAAACUUUUACACUGUGUGAGCCACUUCAAAAAUAAAAGGAUCUGCUUAUUUUUUCUUGCUCUAUUUGAUCCUGCUUGGUACUAGACCAAGUAAGACUAUUAUGGAUUUUGGUGAGAAAUGUUUGGUACAAAAAUAUCAAUAAGCAAUUAUUCAUUUGACAAAUAUGCAGGGAGUUCUUGACAAGUAUAUUUCUUAUGUAAGUGAACAACAGAAAAAAGCCACCCCACUGACAUCCCUAGAGAUUUGCCUCCCUUCUCUCCCUCUCAUGAAACAAUCUUCCUACUCUCCAUACUCCAUUGCUCAGCCUUGUCUGCUUUUAAGACUCUCCUACCUCAUUACAUUGGGGUGUAUGGGGUGCUCAGGGAGGAGUAAUAUCUCUGGUAUGGAGAGCUUGUUGUGCCCUCCUAGGGCAGCUCUCCAGCUUCUGACCCUCACCUGACACCCAGCUCUCACUUGUGGCUCCUAGUAGCUGCUAGCAUGCGGCAGCCGCCACACCCUGAGCAACAGCUUCGACAGGCCGGCUAAACAUUGUGAGGGUAGCCAUCGGGUCGUCGACCCCUGGUGAACUAAGGCUUUGCUCACCCAGCCUGUGAAGACUGCUUUGGCCGAACAGAUGGAAGAAACCAAUAAGAAGGUUCAACGGCUGAGAAGGCAACACAGCAAAGCACUGUGGAGUGCUUAGGACAUGUUGGAGCACAAAAGACAACACGGCCAUCCAAUGCAGCUGAGGAAGUCUCCAAGUGUAACGAUUUUUCGUGCCAUUGGACCCAGGCUUCCAACACCAAGAGAGUGGGACUGUCUCUGUGCAUCGACUUUUCCACUUAAAUCUCCUUCACGCACAAGUGUCUUUGUGUCACACAAAGACAAUUGUCAUUCUGGUUACUGAGAGACUACUACUACACCUCAUUUCACUUCUUUGUGUGAAAUCUCCAUGUCCCAUUCCUACCAACAUACAAUUAAUAAAUAUGAAAGCAUACUAAGCUUAAACCUGUUGCCUUCCCCUAUUCCUUCUUUUAGAAAUGGCAAGCCAUGGUAUUAUGUCAGUGUUCCAAUCCAAAAUACUUUUGUAAUAUUCUUAUCAGAGUUCUAAGCAGUUCCUAAGGGAAGUUACAUUGAAAUUCUGAGAGAAAUUCUGAUUUCCUUGCAGUUGAGGGUGGUGACUGGGCUAGGGCUGGAAUUAAUUGGAUUAAUCCAAUUAUGAGCAGUACCUCUUUCUCUCCAUUUCUGGCUAAAUCGAAUGGGGUUAGGAAAAUUGAUUUUCAAAGGUAAUUUACUUUUGUGUUGCUUGGGGAAUUCAAAAACCCUACAUUUUGUGCCUUUCUAAAAUCUUGAUUAAAAUCUUGACUGUGGAAUUUUGCUUCCUGUUCUUGGACACUGUAAUUUAUACAAAGGACAUGGCUUGGGUCAGAGAAAUUCUCAAAAGGAUAGAUUUAUGUCCUUUUGGAUCUCUUUAAUCAGAGAUGCUUGGAUUUAGAUAAUACUUUAUUUUUGAUAGACUUGCCAAGUAAAUAGAAUAGCAAGCUUUUCUUUCAUCAUUAAAUGAUGACUUUGGACUCAGGUUUCAGCAUCUGUUAGGAACUAGUAUGACUGGGCAGCCCUGCUUGGAAAGACUUCCUUUGUUAAUUAAAUAGAGAUGAAGGACAUUUUGAACCUCUGUAAGAGUAUUUUUUUUUCAGGGUAAAACUGCCCAUUCUUAUUUAUUCUUCAUGUAGGUUCUUAGAAUCUAUCUGACUGUUCUAAAGAAAGGCAAUCUGUUAGCCAUACUGAGAGGUAUUUGUGUGUAUCUCUGUUUGUGCUCAUGUUGGUAACUAAUAUGUCAUGCCAGGUUUGUUGAAUACAUGUACACUUGUUUUAUAUUUAGAAAUAUACCAUAUCCAUUGGGUUUAAGAUUAUUUACACAAAGAACUGAAAAAAACCUGAAAAAAUACAUCUCAGCAGCAAAAACAAUUUGUAGGAAUAAGAUUGGACACCCUGUCAUUUGAGUGAGGUACAGAUUCCUGCCAGACAGUGAAGUUCACAAUGAAUUUCUUUCAGUCUCUGAGUUAUAAGGCCAUAUUCCCUUGGGUGAGUGAUUCUGGAAGCUGGCUCUUAGAGAUGUGAUGAUUAAAAAUUCUGCUAAACUAGAUUCUGGGUAAGAAAAUAAAUUUAUUGAUCAAGGUAGCGAGUUGUCAAUAAAUUGGUCACCAAUCUCUCAGUGAUCAAAGGCAAAGACAUACAGCAUCUUGAGUCAUUAAAUACAAUUUUGGAAGUUCAUUAUUCAGUCCUCCCCCUAGACAGUCUAAGACAUCCAUAAUUGGUGAAUGUCAUGAAGAGGAGGAAUAAUUCUUAGUCCUUCCCUAAUUCCUUGGUAAUGGGGAAGUCAUGCCUUAUCAUAAGAUUCUAAUAGCCCUUGGGGAUCUAGAUGGGAAAAUUGAGUUAGGUAUGGUUAAAUUUUGACCUCCAUAGUGUAGUAGAGGCAUGGAGAGAAACUGAGAGAACUUGUAAACCAAGAUGCAAGAACCAGGGUUCCAAAUGGAAUGUUCCCAGGAGUUGGCAGUUUGAGCUGACAGGGGGAGGGGACUUGGAGUCACUCUCUCUCCCUGGAGGUUUGAAGUUGGCAGCCCCUAGAGGGGCUGACUUGGUUUUUGGGGUUCUCUGGCUUUGGACAGUUGAAGUUGACGAAGGAGAAGCUUUUGAGUUGGUGGUCUAUUUAAGGGUUGAGCUGGCCAGGAAAAACUGAGAGACUUUGAACUUUGUUUCUCUCUGGGGUUGAAGCUGAGAAAGGAGGAAAGCCAGGCUGUAGAAGAGACUUUUCUUGGUGAAGAAGAAAGAAGAUUCAAACAGUAGUCCUCCAUCCCUCUAAUUGUCUUAGAGUCACAUUUUGUGACUGGACUACUUUUUCAAACCCUCCCAAAAUUCCCCCUUGUAGUUAGGGACAUCCCCAUCCCUCUUACCUCAGUUUCCCAUCCUGUUAUCACAAUAAACCCCUUACCUGAGAAAGAAAAUUAGAGUAUUUUAUAGUCCACUCAAAAGGGGGUGGUGGUGGGAGGAAGCCAAAGGCUUUCAGGAGAGGGUGAGGGAGGAAGGAGGUUAGGAAAUAGAUUUGUCCAUUAGCCAUCAGUAGGGAUCAGUAGGCUAACCCCAGAGUAAACCCCAGAGCAGUCCCCUGUGUACCAACAUCCCUGUGUGGCAGCAUCCCGCAGCAUUUCUCAUUCCUACCUCCAUUACAAAUAAGCAGCCUUAAGUUCCUAUAGCAGCUCUAGUCACAGCUAGAGAGUAGAACAGUAGUUAUUGUAAGAAGAAAUAGUUUCCCCUCAGUUUACUUCUUUAUUUCAACAAGCAACAGUUUCCUUCAGUUUACUAUUCUAUUUUAAUAGCUCAUUUCAACAGGGGAUCUAAGAAUACUGCCCUGCUACCCUCCAAAUGCACUUAGCCAGUUCUUUUUUACCAGUGUGUGAGAUAAAAAUGAUGACAAGUGCCCCACUCAAAAAUAAGUCCCAUUCACUCAAAUAAACCAAACCUGGAAUCAGAAAGUAGGAGAAAAAAGAGGCAGUUGUUUAUUCCCCUCCUUCGUGAAAAAGAGCACUUCAAUGAUGGGCUAAGAAAUGCUGACUGACUAGGCCUCAAACAGGCAAUAUAUACAAGUUCCCAAUACAAGGUUCCUCCCCUCUCCCCUAUCAGGCCCCACUCCCCCCACUGGGUCUUGACCCACAAUCCAAAACACUCAGAAAUUUUGAGAAAAUUUUUGCCAAUAAGUAAAAGGCACGGCAAACCAAAAAGAAGCUAAUGUGGUUUAAGCAAUAUGGGUAACAUGUUUAUAUAUGAAAACGUUGCUAACUCAAUGCAGAGAAAAUUGUACUAAUUUGCUAAGAGACAGAUUCAGUGGAGAAAAGGAAGUCUGAUCUAACAACACAACUGGAAAACUUAAGGUGUGAUUUGCAAGCAGAGAAUGAAGUUAAAAGAGUGAAAUAUGGAAUCAACACAAACAGAAAGAUUUUUGUAUUAAGACAUAAGAAAUGCUCUUGAUGGUAGAAAAUUUAAAAGCAUAGCUCUGAAUAUAGAAGUUAUUAACUGAUCUGGAGCUCUCACCAAUAUCUUCAAUUUCUCCAACAUUAGGAAGAUGGAAUUAGUGAUUUUUCUCUUUGAGGACCAAAACAAGGACUAAAUGAAUCUCUAGCAAGGACAAAUUGAGAAGUGGCAAAAACCAGGCACUCUCUUCCCCCCUCACACACAACAACAAACCAAACUGUAGGAAGUGGCAACACAAGUUUAACAAUUUUUGGUUUUUUAAAGAUCUCAUUGAAAUGAAUACUCCAAAUGGAGAAAAUGCUUCUUUUAUUUGUAGGAUUGCUUACUUACAAAGAGGAAAAUGCCCCUAUCAGUAGUAAAGGGCAUACUAGACUCUCAAAAAAUUCAUAUAGAAUUCCAGAACCAAAAAGGAAAUGGAAAAAUUUAGAACAGAUUGAAAAGUAUUUGAGCAGCAAAUAAGGGAAAUUGCCUUAAGAAUGAACUUAUUAUAUCUUAUCACACUGUCUUCUCAUCCAAAAUCAACAUUGUCUCUUUAAAAAUAUACAUGUAUAUACAGAAAAACAUACCUUCUCAUCCUUCCACUACAACUCUUCCCCCCAUUCCCCAAACUGAGAACAGAAACAUAUAUAGCUGAUCAAGGCAAAUAUAGACAUUAACCAA